AUGUGAUGCAGAGUUUAAGAGCAGAAUUGAGGAGUUAGAAAAAAGUAGAACAGAUACUGUUUUCGAGAAUGCUAAGCUUAAAACUGAAAAGAAACUUCAAGAUCAAGAGGUAUCUUCGGGAAGACAAGAUACUUCAGAAGAAUUGAUGUUCUCUCAUCCACCUUCUACCAAUAAUGACGUGAGCCAGCUUCUAGCUGAAGAUUCUAAUCCUGAA